AAUCAUACCCAAAUGCGAAUCUGCAACAAAAUAUAGCAGAUGAAAUUUAUAUUAAAGUCAGCUUAAAAUCACUAAUUGCAUCAACAAAUAUGGAUUCAUACGACGUUAUCGCUAAUCAACCUGUUGUCAUUGAUAAUGGGUCAGGUAUGAUUAAAGCUGGCUUUGCGGGUGACCAACUGCCGAAAUAUAACUUCCCCAAUUACAUCGGAAGACCUAAACAUGUCCGGGUAAUGGCUGGUGCUUUAGAAGGUGACACAUUUCUCGGACCCCGAGCAGAAGAACAUCGUGGAUUAUUAUCUCUUAGAUAUCCAAUGGAACAUGGCAUAGUAAAAGAUUGGAAUGAUAUGGAAAAAAUCUGGUCAUACGUUUACUCCAAAGAUCAGUUGCAUACCUUUUCUGAAGAACAUCCUGUCCUAUUAACCGAAGCCCCUUUGAACCCCAGACAAAAUCGAGAAAGAGCUGCCGAAAUAUUUUUUGAAACUUUCAAUGUUCCUGCCUUGUUUAUCUCUAUGCAGGCGAUUCUUAGUUUAUAUGCAACUGGCCGAACAACCGGAGUAGUUCUUGAUUCGGGUGAUGGUGUGACUCACGCAGUCCCUAUUUAUGAAGGUUUUGCAAUGCCACACAGCAUUAUGAGAUCAGACGUCGCCGGUAGAGAUGUCACUAAAUACUUACAAUUAUUACUAAGAAAAGAAGGAUGUAACUUUCACACUUCUGCGGAAUUGGAAAUAGUAAAAACGAUCAAAGAGAGAGCUUGCUAUCUUUCGAAUAAUCCUCAGAAAGAGGAAACUAUUCCAGCAGUAAAAAUGACAUACACCUUGCCAGAUGGCAGUACUCUUGAUAUCGGACCUGCAAGAUUUAGAGCACCGGAAUUGUUGUUUAGACCAGAUUUAAUUGGGGAAGAAUAUGAAGGUAUUCAUGAAGUUUUAUCCUUCUCAAUCCAAAAGUGCGAUAUGGAUUUACGGCGAAUUCUCUAUUCGAAUAUUGUUCUAUCCGGUGGAUCGACUCUAUUUAAGGGUUUUGGUGACAGACUUCUGAGCGAAAUAAAAAAAUUAGCACCAAAGGAUAUCAAAAUUCGUAUAUCAGCUCCACAGGAGAGAUUAUACUCUACAUGGAUAGGAGGUUCGAUUUUAGCGUCACUCGAUACGUUCAAGAGGAUGUGGGUGUCUAAACGAGAGUACAAUGAAGAAAGCGUUCGAGCUAUCCAUAGAAAAACUUUCUAG